GCCGGACCAGACACAAAGCCGAUCAAUCCCGGCGGGGCGGGGGCGGGGGACGCCCGCCAGGGCUUCCCUUCCGCUCCUCGCCUCCUCCUGCCCCCUCAUUAGGACCCAGCCCACACCUCGUCCGGCAUCCACGGCCCACCCCCUCCCACCACUCACCCCACAAAAGCAAUAGCCCAGCCGCACCCCCACCACCCCCCCGCAGCCCGGGGACAGGCCAGACCUGCCCCUAGGCUGCCCGCUGAGAAGGCGCCCCCGGCAGGGGGAAACUGACAUCCAUCAGGGUCCGCCCACCGCUCCCCUCCUCUCCCCGGAGCGAAUCUCUCCUGCACUCCCGCCCCAGAAGUUGAGGGGCCCCCGCCCGGCCUGCCGCGCUCCGGCCGCCGGGACCCUCGGCCUCCGAGGAGCAGCCAGUUCGGAUCCCGGGAAGAUGGCGAGGAGGAGCCGCCACCGCCUCCUCCUGCUGCUGCUGCGCUACCUGGUGGUCGCGCUGGGCUAUCAUAAGGCCUAUGGAUUCUCUGCCCCAAAAGACCAUCAAGUGGUCACAGCAAUAGAGUAUCAAGAGGUUAUUUUAGCCUGUAAAUAUCCAAAGAAGACCAUUUCCUCCAGAUUAGAGUGGAAGAAACUGGGCCGGAGUGUCUCCUUUGUCUACUACCAGCAGGCUCUUCAAGUGCCAUUUGACUUCCCUCCUUCAGUGGCCCCAGCAGUUCCAACCUGUGAAGUACCCAAUUCUGCUCUGAGUGGAACUGUGGUAGAGCUGCGAUGUCAAGACAAAGAAGGGAAUCCCGCUCCUGAGUACACAUGGUUUAAAGAUGGCGUCCCUUUGUCAGAGAAUCCAAAACUUGGCUCCCAAAGCACCAACAGCUCCUAUACAAUGAAUACAAAAUCUGGAACUCUGCAAUUUAACACUGUUUCAAAACUAGACAGUGGAGAAUAUUCCUGUGAGGCCCGUAAUUCUGUUGGACAUCGCAGGUGUCCCGGGAAACGAAUGCAAGUCGAUGAUCUCAAUGUGAGUGGCAUCAUAGCAGCCGUGGUGGUUGUGGCCUCAGUGAUUUCUGUUUGUGGCCUUGGCGUGUGCUAUGCUCAGAGGAAAGGCUACUUUUCAAAAGAGACCUCGUUCCAGUAAGUAUACUUUUCUUAAAUGCAUGCCUUUCCCCCACCUCAGCUAAUUUUCUGUUGAUCAUCUGUUUAAAGUCAAACAUGGAAAGUUGGGUUAUUUGUGAAGGUUUUAUCCCUAUGGGAAGUGACUCAGAUUCAUCAAGAAAUACAUCCCACUUCAUGCCUCAUGCCUACCUGUCAAUGUUGUUUAAUUACCCAGAGAAGACAUCUAGUCACUAAUUUGACUCUGUAGGCACUUCCAUAGUACUACUUUAAAAAAUAUAUUUGCUGUAUUUUGCUAAAUUAAAAAUUUUCGAAUAAAAUUUUACUGAACAGCCAUUUUCACAUUGAAUUGAAUACUUAUUUUGUGCCCAACACUUCCUAGGGAGUAGUAGUACAGCAGUGAACAAAACGGGCCACCCAGCUCCCUGCCUCAUGGAGCUUAUAUAGAGAAAGGUGGAAAGUAAAAACACUUAGGUAAACUCUACAGUAUGUCAGACUGUGAUAAGUAUUGUGGAGAAAACUAAAGUGGGUAAGAGAAUAGAGAAUGCACAGGGUAGGAGUGGAGAUCGUCCUUUAGGGUGGUUAGGUGGUUCAUUCACGGUGAUGUUUGAGAAGGACCUGAAGGAGCACAAAGAGCAAAUGAGGCAGAUACCCAUGAGAAGAGCAUUCAAGCAGAAGAGAAAGAACAGAUGGAAAGGUCUAGAGGCCACGCACACCUGGAGUAAGUAUCUGAGGCACGUUGAGGGGAUUGGUGUGGCUGAAACUGAGUGAGGACAAUGGAGAGAAGGGAAGAGUGCACAAAAGUAGUGGAGGCCAGAUUACAUGGAGCCCCUUCUAGGCAGUGGUGAGGAGUUUGACUUUGAUUCUGAGUAAGAUGGGAAGUCAUUGGAAGGCUUUGAGUCAGGGAGUAAUAUCCUGUUACUUAAUUCUUCGAAGCUCACAUUCACUGCUCUGUUAAGAAUCAUCUAUAAGGUAGCAAAGAGUGGAGGAAGCAGGGAGACCAGUUAGAAAACUACUCAAUAAUUAUCCAGCCAAGAGAAAAUGGUAGCUGGUUCCAAAGUGAUGGUGUUGGAGAUGUGAAGUGAUAGGAUUCUGGAUACAUUUUGAACAAGUUACUGAUUGGUUGGAUGUGGAUGUGGGAGAAAAAGAGAAAAAUCAAAGAUAGCUCCAUGGCUAUGGGAAGAAAGAUGUUACCAAUUACUGACAUGUGUAAGACUUUGGGAGGAGCAGGUUUGGGAGCAUUAGGUGGGAAGGUCUGGAAUAUUCGGGAAUUUUAAUAUUUGAAAUGCCAAUUAGGCUUCCAAGUAGAGAUAAUUAGUAGAUAACAAGAUAUAUAAACGUGGAGUUUGGAGAAAUAACUAGGAUUAGCAAUUUAGGAA